GAUAGUUUCUGGCCAAACGCUGUUGUCCAGGGACCAAAUGGUAAAGAUGCGAGAGGACUUCCUUCAUCGGUGUUAUGGAUCGGUGUGGCUAAUGCUAAUGCUCCUGAGUUUUACUGCCGGAGAAGAAUGAGUGCCUUGAAGCCUGACCCACCAUCAUCACCGUCAUCCUCCUGUAAUGAGCCUCUUGGACUUCAAAAUGGUUGGAUUGAAAACUCUGCUAUCACAGCUUCCUCCAAUUGGAACGCACAGCACAUGGCUUGGAGGGCGAGGCUAAACAUGGUCAAACAAGGUAGUUACAUUGGAGGAUGGGCYGCACGUGUYAAUCAUGACAGUCAGUGGAUACAGGUGGACUUUGGYCGACCUGUGAAAAUGACAGCYGUGUCAACUCAAGGACGUCAAGACUCSGAUCAGUGGGUAACAAAGUACACRCUGUCAUAUGGAAGCGAUCCAGGAAAACUUACACCCUACCGGGUAAACGGACGCACAAAGGAAUUUUCGGGUAACCGUGACAGGAAUUCAGUGGUUAAGCAUAACCUGGCACCACCGAUAGAGGGGCGAUUUGUUCGUCUUCACGUUAAGGCGUGGCACAGUCAUAUUGCAAUGMGAAUGGAGUUCUAUGGCUGUCAGAUGGUUUGUAAAGUGGAUAUCGGUAUUCUUAUGGACGAGUCCGGUAGCGUCAGUUCAGGGGAUUGGGAACAAGAGAAGAACUUUGUGAAGCAGCUUCCUGAUCACUUCAAGUUUGGUCGUGAAGGAGCGCAGUUUGGCGURAUUUCCUUUAGCACCAAUGCCCAUAUGGACAUUCAACUGAACAGUUAUUCCAACGCUGCCGCGUUUAAACGUGCAGUCGGUAGCAUMAAACAAGCGCGUGGGUGGACUUACACAACCAAGGCCCUGGAUCUAGCUUAUACAAAUUUAUUUAAUGCUGGGAAAGGUGCACGGAAAAACGUCGCCAAGGUACUUAUUGUWAUAACCGAUGGUAAAACUACAAGUGGAACGCCCAGUUUAACAAGGCCCGUCAAACGUCUUAAGGACGCAGCUGUUAACAUCAUUUCCAUUGGAGUUGGGGACAAAAUCAAYAUGGAUGAAUUAAACAAGAUGGCUGCGAGCAAUAAGCACGUGUUCCUUGUCAAACAAAUGCRACAGUUAUCAAGUCUAAUAACUUCCAUCACUGCUUCUUCUUGUUCAUCAUUCACAUGCCGGUAUGUGACAUGUGACUAUGGGGCGUGGUCUUCCUGGAGUAAGUCUUGUGGUCAGGGAAUGCGACGCGUGCGUACKCUGACCAAAGUCAACGAACACACCAUUGAACAGCAAGGCGGCUGCUCGGGCAUGAAACAGACUUGUGAUGCACAGAUGGUAGAGACGAAGAAUGAUCAGUGCCCAUGUCGAUAUGUAUCAUGUUCAUGGAAUCAAUGGGGACCAUGGUCUAGUACGUGUGGUAAGAUGACCAGACAAAGGACCAGUAAAGUCACGCAUCACACAGUAGUACGUCCUAACUGUGGCGGUCUUCAAACCUCUUGUCCAAAACCAGAAGCGCAGAGUAUUUACGUCUCUUGUUGUAAAGCUGAAAUCGGGAUAUUGUUGGACGAGUCAGGUAGCGUUAAAGCAGAAGAUUGGGAACGAGAAAAAGACUUUGUCAAUCAAUUGGUCAACGGAUUCAGAAAUUAUGGACCCGCCGGGGUCCAGUUUGGUGUUAUAUCGUACAGUACURAUGCMAAUCUUGACAUUAAACUUAACCAGUACAGCAAGAAACAAGACUUUAUCUCCGCUAUUGGAAGGAUCAAGCAGUUCCGCGGAUGGACGUACACCGAGAAAGCCCUUAAUCUCGCUCACUCUCAUCUGUUUAGAAUGGGUGCAAGGCCUGGUGUAACCAAGGUCCUUCUCGUCCUGACGGAUGGUGUGACAACAGGAGGUUCACACAAACUGAAACAACCAAUCAAAUUGCUGAAAGAAAGUCACGUGAAUAUCUUUGCAAUUGGAGUUGGCAAGAGAAUCAAUGAAAGGGAACUCAAGAUGAUGGCAUCUGAGCCUGUCAACUCACAUGUCUUCUACGUUGAUAAUAUGGAAGAACUACCAAAGCUUCUUCAAACAAUAAGCGCAUCUUCUUGUCAAAAAUUCAAGUGCAAAUAUGUGACAUGCGACUACAGUGUAUGGUCAGCAUGGUCAGCGUCGUGUGGUGUGGGCAUGCGCCGUACUCGCAAGCUCGUCAAGGUGAACGAGCACAUCGUAGAACAGCAGGGAGGGUGCUCUGGGUUGACGACAACGUGUGAACAAAGCAAGACUGAAACCAAGAAUAUGAACUGUCCAUGUCGUUACGUGUCGUGUUCGUGGUCCUCGUGGUCUGCGUGGACGGCUUCUUGUGGCUCAAUGUCAAGACGACGUACAAGCAAAGCAACAAGUCACGUGGUCAAUAGACCAUCAUGCAGCGGGCUUCAAACCACGUGUCCCGCUCCGGAAACUCAACAAAGGACCACUAACUGUGUGUGCAAGUAUGUCAAGUGUAUAUGGAAUCCUUGGUCWUCAUGGUCAGCGUCCUGCGGUGUUAUGAUACGCGCAAGAUCCAUCAAGACCRUACAGCAAACUAUUAAUAAACCCAGCUGCGGUGGAUUACAGCAGAGAUGCACACAAAGUCCACAAUCACAAAGAAAAGAAGUCAAGUGUACUUGUAACUACGUCAAAUGCAGCAAGAAUCCCUGGACAAACUGGUCAGCAUCGUGUGGUAAAGCGACAAGACAGCGAACAUGGAAGACAACUCAAGUAACAGAGCAGCUCCUGAGCUGUGAUGGACUACCACAGUCUUGCCCGACACAACCAGAAGUUGAGAGUCGAGAGACAAAGUGUACUUGUAACUAUGUGAAAUGCAGCAAGAAUCCCUGGACAAACUGGUCAGCAUCGUGUGGUAAAGCGACCAGACAGAGAAGCUGGAAGACAACUCAAGUGACAGAACAACUCCUGAGCUGUGACGGACUUCCACAGUCUUGCCCGACACAACCAGAAGUUGAGAGUCGCGAGACAAAGUGUACUUGUAACUAUGUGAAAUGCAGCAAGAAUCCCUGGACAAACUGGUCAGCAUCGUGUGGUAAAGCGACCAGACAGCGAACAUGGAAGACAACUCAAGUAACAGAGCAACUCCUGAGCUGUGAUGGACUACCACAGUCUUGUCCAACACAACCAGAAGUUGAGAGUCGCGAGACAAAGUGCACUUGUAACUAUGUCAAGUGCAGCAAGAAUCCCUGGACAAACUGGUCAGCAUCGUGUGGUAAAGCGACCAGACAACGAACAUGGAAGACAACUCAAGUAACAGAACAACUCCUAAGCUGUGAUGGACUACCACAGUCUUGCCCAACACAACCAGAAGUUGAGAGUCGCGAGACAAAGUGUACAUGUAACUACGUCAAGUGCAGCAAGAAUCCCUGGACAAACUGGUCAGCAUCUUGUGGUAAAGCGACAAGACAGCGAACAUGGAAGACAACUCAAGUAACAGAACAACUCCUGAGCUGUGAUGGACUUCCACAGUCUUGCCCAACAAAACCAGAAGUUGAAAGUCGAGAGACAAAGUGCACAUGUAACUAUGUCAAGUGCAGCAAGAAUCCUUGGACAAACUGGUCAGCAUCUUGUGGUAAAGCGACGAGACAACGAACAUGGAAGACAACUCAAGUAACAGAACAACUCCUAAGCUGUGACGGACUUCCACAGUCUUGCCCAACACAACCAGAAGUUGAAAGUCGAGARACAAAGUGUACWUGUAAGUAUGUCAAGUGCGUKCCUGGUGCUUGGGGAGACUGGUCUGGYGACUGUGGUGAAGUCAAGAGAAGAAGAAACAUAACCGAAACUCCUGCUACUGUCGAUCAAGUUAGCUGUGAUGGCUUGCUGCAGAAAUGCCCCAACAAAUAUGAAGAGGAGAAGAAAAAGCUGCCGGAUGAUUGUCAAGAAUGCUUCACUGUUAAUUGCUAUUAUAGUCCAUGGCAGCCAUGGUCAGCAACGUGUGGRAAAGCUACUCGUGUAAGAUACCAAAUUGCUGAAGAGAAGUUCGUGUUUAGGAAGUCAUGUGAUAACUUGCCUGUUGAGUGUACAGGGAUUUAUGAGGACGUUCAGCAUCGGGAUACACCUGUCUGCCCAGUUACACCACCACCACCACCCACAACCAAGCCUUGAGUUUUAAKAAGUGGUCAACAUUAUACUAGCAGGUUGUUUCAGAAGGGUUAGGAUAUAAGGGAUUCAUCACUGUAUGUAGAUGGUAUUGAAAAAUAAAUGAUUCAAAUGAUUAACGUUAAAAAUA